CGUUCGGUGAACGGUCGCACUGCAGGAAAGACAACAAAAACCCAAGAAGGACGGGAAAAACAUUGAACAUUUACUAAAAGAAAAGGGAAACAUAAUUCCCACGACAACUGCCAAAGAACACGCAGGCAUUUCCCAGAUUCCCCUAAACACUUAGGAACUAAAGCUAUGGGUGAUAACAAUAUAUGCGACAUUAGCAACGAGGUUCUGGAGGAAUUGAAGAAGUUUCGCUUCAGCAAGAGCAAGAAUAAUGCCGCUUUGAUAUUGAAAGUCGACCGGGAGAAGCAGUCGGUGGUGCUGGAUGAGUUUAUCGACGAUAUUUCGGUCGACGAACUGCAGGAGACAUUGCCAGGACACCAGCCCCGAUAUGUUAUCUAUACCUAUAAGAUGGUGCACGACGAUCAGCGCGUUUCCUACCCUAUGUGCUUUAUCUUUUACACACCAAGGGAUAGUCAGAUCGAACUGCAGAUGAUGUACGCCUGCACGAAGAGCGCCCUUCAGCGGCAAGUGGAUCUCACGCGUGUCUACGAAAUUCGCGAGCUGGACGAACUAACCGAGGAGUGGCUGAAAGCCAAGCUCAAGUAGAGAGGUUUCGAUCUUCUCUGGGGAAAUCAUUCCGGGCCGUUGUCAAAAGCAAUAUUUUAUGACAGUACUUUGAUUGAUUUUGGAGCUCUUUAUAGACAUUCAAACUGGAUCAAGCCGAUACCAACGAUGCAUACCAAUACCAAACAAACCAAUAUUGAGAUACGACAAUUUUUACCUACAGAAAACACAAAUCAAGCUAAGUUUAUACAACGUAAUGACAAUUUUAUAAAGACGAUAGCAUGCGUCCAGUAUGCGGAGAAGUUCUUAGUGAUUUUAGUUUUUGCAUUUAAGUAAUGAUCUUAAAAGAAGCUGUGCUUGCCAAAUUUCUACAUGUAUUUAUUGUAAAGAUGUUGAAGCAAACAUGACAAGAAUAUUCCAUUUUAUAUAGACAAACAAAAUAAAAGUGUUCAAUAUAUAACAACCAAA